CAUAGAAAAAAAUGGCUAAUAUUGUUGGAAACACUAGUGUAUCUACUCGUUUUAAAGAGCUGAUUCGUGAAAUGACGCAGCUGAAUGAAGAAAUUCAGAAGAUCGACGUGAAUGAUUUUCGUGCCAUUAGAGAAGCCAGGAAGAAGAUAACUGGUAUGACAACGAAGUUGGACGAGCUCUUAGAGAUGAUGAAAGAAACUGUGAAGGAGAAGAAGGAAACCCCACAGUGAUAGGUUACUUUUACUUUUCCAGUGAAG